AUGUUAACAUUACGACGAGUAUCAACUCUUUAUCAAUAUAUACAUCCUUUAGCAUCAUAUCAAUAUCGAUUUAAAUCGAAACAAUCGACAGAUGAUGAAUCAAAACAAAAAUCAUCUCGUUUAAGUGAAGAACUUUUAAAUUUUGAACGAAAAAAUUCUAAUACUCCUCGAAAUAUAAUUAAAAAUAGAAAACAUUCAAUAAAUGAUGAUAGAAUUGAAAAAAAACGAUCGAUAACUAAUGAAACUUUAUCGUCAAAAGAUGAUGGUCAUCAAGCUGAAGAUCUUCUUCGAAGUUUAAAUGUGAAAAAUAUGAAUCGACAAAAAAAAUCUGCUAAUGAACGUGAUCGAUCAUCAUCACAUGAUAGAGUUAAACCUACUAAAUCAUUUGAUUCAAAAGAUAGAAAAUCAAAACGUGAAGGAGAACAAAGUGAACAGAAAGAAAAAAAAGUUCGUGCACCAGUUAUUCUUGAUACUGAAUCAAGUGAAGUAAAAACUUUAACACGUCAAGUUGCUGAUUCUUUAACACCAGCUAAUUCAUCAAAUGAAAGUAGUAAUAUAGAACAAGAACUACUUGAUGUUUUACGUGGCCAUCGAAUUGUUAGUAAAAGUGCACGACGAAUAGAAAAUAAAUCCGAACAUCGUAAAGAGCACUUUGAUCUAAAACAACAUGAUGAAUAUGAAAGAUCAUCAAAGAAAAAACAAACUCGUACAACAUCAAAUGUUAAUGUUGAAAAAACAACCGAAGCUUUUUCAUCAUUAUUGCGUGAUUUUCAAUUGAAACCAGCUCGUACUACACCUAAAUCAACACUUGAAGAUGAUUUUAUUCAAGAUGAUGAAGCUAUGAAAAGACCACGUUUUAAUGAUCAGCGUGAACAAAAACGUGAUAGUAGUGAAACACGAAAAUCAAUUCGUGAUAACAAACGUCGACAAGAAUUUCUCAGGCCACAUCAGUUAUGGAGUGGUGAACCAUUAGGAAUUUUUACAACGAAAGAUGUUAAUGAAAUAGCUUCAAAAAUUUCUCCUAUAUGGGAAAAAUAUGAACAAGAUGAAUUAACACGAAUAUCUUCAAUACCACCACGAAAUGCUUUUGAAGAAAUGAUUCAAUGGACGAAAGAUGGUAUUCUUUGGAAAUUUCCUAUUAAUAAUGAACAAGAUAUUGGUUCUGAAGCAGAUGUUCCAUUUUAUGAACAUGUUUUAUUAGAACGUCAUUUACAUGAUUUUCCGAAUUCACCACUUAUUCGCCAAUUUAUGGAACUUGUUUGUGUUGGUCUUGGUCGAAAUCCUUAUUGGACGGUUGAACAAAAAAUUGAACAUAUCAAUUGGUUUCGAACAUAUUUUAAUGAAAAAAUGCAUAUUUUUAAUGAAACAGUUCAUACAGGUGCAAUUAAAACAUCAACAACAACAACACCAUCUGUUACAAAACCUGUUUCAACUUAUAAACCAAAACCGACACCACCACCGGCACCACCUAAAGUUGUUCCUGUCGUUGCUCCAACACCUGUUAAAGCAUCGACGGCGAGUAAAAACUAA